GGCACGUUCUGCAUAAUUACCAUAACAAAAUCAGCAGCGAAAGGCUUACGGAGAACUGUAGAAGCCCAAAAUAUCCAACAAAACGGACCAUAUCCUAACCACACAAACAUGCAGACGGGUUCUACUUGUGCCGUAUUGCUGUUGCUUACUCUACAAGGGUACCUUGCAUUGCCUGCCAACCCAGAAUGCACUUCUCUGGACAACAUUAUCAGUCAGAUCCGGUCCCCCCCAGGCGGGACCAUCCACUGUCAUCGCAAUGAUAGCUGCACAGGGAUAGCCUGCACUGGGACUGCUCUGGCUGGUACGGAGUUCACAACCUCAGCCAGUCUCCAACACUGCAGCUCCCCUGUCAGCAUGAGUGUGAACGUGGUGGUGCCAUCUUUAGGUGUCAACUACCACCAGACUAUCCAGCACAACGACAUGUAUGAGAUACCAGGGUUAAGUGGUGAUUUUCCUGUGCUGGGGAUCCAGGAGCACAUACAGGGGUAUCUACAAGUCAAGCUGGAGAAGAAGGAUGAGGACACUUUGUCCAUCGGGGUGAAACUUUUGGGAGGAACAGAAAUCUUUGGUAUGAUGGUUUACCCUCUGGAGUAUGAUGUCAUCCCAGAACAGGACAUCUCUGUCCCCUCUUGUACCCCAGGUCACCCAACGCCCGAGCCUGUACGACCGGCCACAAAACCACCCCAGCCUCCACGGACAACAGUAUACCCACAACCCCCUGUCAGACCCUCUGUACACCCACAACCCCCAGUCAGGCCCACAGUACACCCACAGCCUCCAGUCAGACCCACUGUUCAACCAAAACCUGCUGUAACAACUCCAGCUCCAGACACAACAUCGCAAGCAUCGCCCACCAGUCCUGCGCUGCCCCCUGUUGAUCCAAACGGGCAGUGCAGGUCCAUAGACCAGCUGGCCGCCAAUGUGACGUCCCUCAUGCCCACACUGGCUACCAUCAGGUGCACAAGGAACGCCGACUGUACCGGGGUGAAAUGUUCAGCCAAAACACAAUCAGACGUAAAGUUUACGAUGGACGUGACUCUACAUGGCUGUGCUGACCCCGUCUCCAUGGAUGUCAACAUCAAGUCAGGAGACAUCGGACUGGACCACACUCAAACUCUCACACACAACGGCACCUACACAAUACAAGGUCUGGAGGUGCCCAUAGCUGGGUACACCCUGCCUGGUGUGUACCAGGUCAACAUGGUCAGGCUCAACAAUGGCAUGGAUGUAAAGUUGGUUCUAGGUCUGAGUAAUGGACCGGUGCAGUACAGUUUCUUCCAGCUAGGGGAACAGACAGUCAGCAUGCCUCCAUGUCCCUCAGGAACAGCAAGCAGGAAGCAUUCUGCAGACAGCAAGCACAACACCAUGGUGAUAGUGGGUGCAGUGGUAGGGUCAGUACUGGGCGUGGUCAUGCUGUGUGUGUUAGCACUGCUGAUUCGUCGAUGGAGGAAGCCAUCACUCAGUGUCUACGGUGACAUGCAGGUUCUUAUGAGUGCGUCGAACGAAGACUUUGAGCCAUCCCUUACUGUCUAGCACAGCCCCUCUACACGAGCAGCACAAAUCAGGGCUCUAGCCAGCUCAGAACUCUUUCCCUCAGCCCAGCUCAAAAUUAACAGUGUCCCGAUGGCCACUGACCACUAAAAUGUAGGCUAGGACAACUAAAAAGACACUUUUAAUUAAGACAUUUUUGGGUCAAUAGAAAAAUAAUCAACAUCAGAAUGUCAGCCCUUCUUUCGUUGAUCAGGCACGCGUCCCGGCAUUUGGCUCUAGAAAAGCCCCUCAAAUUUGUCUACUCUGCAAUUAUAACGUGCCUGGGAGUCAGAACGCAA